UCUGUGCCUGCUUGUGAUCUCUCUGUCAAAUUAAAAAAGAAAAAAAAAUCUUAAAAAAAAAAAAUACAGACUCCAAUUCAUCGGCAACUCACUUCCGAGGCGACUCCCUGAAGAUGUGCAAUUACUCUGUGUUUUGGAGCUGCUUCGGAAGCGGUUGCCCAGGUCCGCUCAUCGUGACUUUGACAAUUUGGGGGUACACCUUGCGAGAGGCCUAGUUUUGUCAGAAGGCUUCCCUCCCGACGCCCCCUCCCUUCCACUCGAAGACAGUCACCCGUGCCGGCGGUGGCCAGGACAUGGGGUCACCAGUCCUACGUUUUGUCUUCGUGAAGGUGAUUCUUCGGAGGAGACAGUCUCUGAAUCCCAGUGGGGAGCGAAAAACAACACAAAAGCCAAACCCACCGACGUGGGCUCUGCCUGCUGCCCGGAGGGUACGCCUUCCCGCGGCGCCAGCCGCCCCGCCCUCCGUCGCCGGCUGGAAUGAAAUAAAGACGCCCCUGCUGUCGCUAACCCCGACACAGGCUUCAGCCGCCCCGGCCAGCGGCCUCCCCUCUGCCAUCAGCUGCCCUUGGAGUCUCCGCCCUGAGACUCGUAGGCGGUCCCCGGGGAAACCGCCCGCGCGCACGGCGCGCUCCCGGCCAGCACCUCGCGGCCACGGCCGCGGUCUCCUCCGCAGCUAUUGUGAAUAAUGCUGCUAUGAGCAUAGGUGUACAAAAUUGAAUCCACGUUCUCAAUUCUUUCAGAUUCUGCUUAGUAAUGAAGAAAGCUACUGUGAAGUAACCCUUGAAAUACCACUAGGAAACUUCUGCAAGGAUAGGCUUUGGGAGAAGGAAGAAAGGAAUGCUAAAGUUUGCUAAGCCUCUCAGCAUCAUUUUAACAAGUGCUUGCUGCAAAAUGGAAGGGCCCUGGGUUUGUUGUUAAUGGAGUUCCUGUCCUUAUAACACUAUUUCAGUUUUGUCACCUUUCAUGAUCCUUUGAUCUUCUGAGUUUUGAAAGGACUUUAAAAAAAAUUAGAUUAACCAUCCAACCAAGAAGUACUAUGCCUGGACUGCUUUGUGCUAAGGCCAUCAGCUGUCUGUCAAAUAUGGGGAUGCACUAUCUAGAAGAGAUACAAAGUCAUCAUUUGGAACUGGUUUAUGUUUGGUUCUGAUAUAAAUACCAGACUCUGCCUUUUGUGCCCUGUCUAGAAAAAACUAUACCCUGAAGGUAUGGGAAGAGAGAAGGUGGGUAGAAAGGACAGACAGGUGUUCGUGAUUGCAGAUAACACUGUACUGCCUUCCUAUGACAAUCGCUAUGCUAUGUAUUGACAUGUCUUUAAUCAUGUCUCAGUGUAGAUAAUACACUGGUCUUAUGGGAUCUGUUUUGUGUUUCAUAUAAUCUUCCAUUUUUCUGCCCAGAUGCAUAGUAUACACACUCAAGGCUAGAAAGCCAGAAAAUGAGCUUUUUGCUCCAUUAUUCUAAUUUAGUCACUACCACAAUUUUAUUAAUCAGCCACAUAAUGAUGCACAAAUGCCUUAAUUAUAGUUUGCUUUGUUUCAUUCUAUGCCAAUUUGGUGUGGCCUCAGUAAUAUCAAGGGCUCACAGCUUCAUUAUGCCCUGAAAACUGAAUUAUUUUUUUCACCUUCGACCACUCAAUAAAACCAAAAAUCCUCUUUUCCCAUCAAGAGUUUUCAGCAAAAUCUGAACUCAAUCAUCUAAUUCAAAUUGUAACUUACAAUGGGGAGUUUGCAUUCUUUCAUUACCUGGGAGCUAUCUGCAGAAAGAGGAAAUAAAAAUCACCUGUUAAUGUCCCUGCAGAUCUAAUGUCACUGCAUCCCAAGAUCUAUCAGUAUUUGCUCACUCCCUUCAAAGAAAGCCCUGAGAGUGAUGUCACUGAGACAGCGACAUAGGUCAUUCCUGACUUAGCUCCCCCUCCCAAGAACCAACACCUAUUUAAGAACAAAGACACCUCUGAGGGAAUCCUAGAACAUGGGGCUGAGGCUGAGAUACACCCUGCACCACAGAGACCAAGACAGACUGUAUUAAAAGGGUAAGAGAAGUGACUAAAUAAAUGUACACUACAUUGCUCCUCCCAUAGGACAACACAGUACUACAGAGAGGUUUCCCCAGAGCGACUACUUUCUCCAGUGGGAAAGGAGAACUAGAGAUACAACUAGCUUCCCCCUGCAUGGUGGGUCACUUUUGGGGAGCUCCUACUCCAAUCCCAAGCCCUGGAGAUUGCAGGGAAAUCUGUGGGGCCAACCUGUUGGGCAUCUGACUGUGAUAGAGCAGGCAGGAAGGAGUUUGCAGUGAACAUCAUAUGGAUCUUUGGAAACUGAGUUCAUACCUGCAGUGCCCAAGCAGCAAUCCCAAGCAGCAGCUUUGCUCAUCUGCAGAACCAAGUGAGGAGAAGACUCUGACUAGGGAACUCAGUGGGAUGCAGAUAUGCAUGAUUCAGAUCCUCAAACAUUGAAUCUUGCCUAGUGUUUGCCCACACUCAGGUAAGGGACUGAGUCACAAACCCACCCACUGUUAAGAGUCCCUGCUAGGGGCAUCUGGGUGGCUCAGUUAGUUAAGUGUCUGACUCUUAAUU